AACAAGCCCCGCCCCUCAGCCGCGCCGCAGAGUGGCGGCGGAGAGAACCAAUAGGAAGCGAGCCGGCGCGGCGAGGCAGCCAAUAGGAGGCGGGCGGGGCGGGGCGUGGAGGAGCCGGGCCGCGGGUCCCCCCGACGCCGCCCCAAAACCCCGCGACCCCGUGAGCGGCGCUGCCAUGGCCGAGGCCGCGGAGGAGAUGGACGCGGUGCUGAGCGGGAGAGCGUGGGAAGUGCGGGACGGAGCCGGGGGCAGCGCCGGGGGCAGCGCGGAGCAAAGCGGCCCCGUGCGACUGGGGAGCAGCGCGUGCUACGUGGUCCUGGCGGUGCUGUUCGAUGCGGAG